AUGAUUACUUUUCUAUUAGUCACCACGCAAUUACCUGCUACAUACUCUUGCGCAGCAACUCCGCCAGUAGUACUUCCAGCUCCUGCAGCAAAUGAAUUUAGCAUAACUAUAAAUUUACUGAAACAAUACAAUAAAAUGAUUGUUUCAGUUUGUUGUCAACCAUUAAUCAAAACUCUGACAAAUAAUACAAAUCUUGAGAAUGGUGUCAUGACCUUCACUUAUAAUAGUUUAACUUGUCGAAGAACAGCUACUGCUAUUUGCACGCAACGAGCAGCAGUACCACCCUUGCAGUUGAUGGCUGGCAUAACAGUAAAUCAAGUUAAUUUUAUCAAUAUCCAACAAACCAGCGUAUCAAUCACGUUAUCGUGUAAUAAUAUGAUGCAGUGGGAAACUGGAAAUCCUCCUUUAGUUGUAUCUACAAUUCAAUGUGUUCUUAGCAGCACACCCUGA